AAGGCACCACGGUCAUGACACAAGUUGUAUACAUCGGUGGUGUUGAAGGUGGCGCCACCCAUUCCAAGCUGGUGAUAUGCGAUCAGUCCGGUAAGGUGCUCGCAUCGGCCAAAGGACCCAGCACCAACCACUGGAUGGUCGGUAUACCGGAGGUGGCCAAGCGGAUCGACACAAUGGCCCGGGAGGCCAAGGCCCAGGCCAACAUUCCCGAGACACACCGACUGUCGGCCAUGGGACUGUGCCUGAGUGGAGCCGAGCAGGACGCCACGAACAAGGAACUGGAGAACUACUUAAAGACACACUAUCCGGAUGUGGCCGAUCGGUACAUGGUCGGGAGUGACACGGUCGGAAGUAUUGCAACCGCUUCGAAUGUGGGAGGCAUGGUGAUCAUAUCGGGAACAGGAUCUAACACACUGCUACGGAAUCCGGACGGGAGCACGUACGGGUGCGGCGGCUGGGGACACAUGAUCGGCGACGAAGGAAGUGGUGAGUGUUCCAAAAAUUAAUGGUUCUAAAGCCCA